UUUGAGCUGGUAGGGGUGACUCCCGACGCGAGUGCCGCCGAGAUCCGAGCGGCCUACCGCCGGCGCUCCAAAUCGCUGCAUCCUGAUGCUGGGGGCGACCCGACGGCCUUCGCGGCCCUUGUCGAAGCGUACGCGAUGCUGCAGGACGACGAUCAGCGC